GACGAGUCCACCUCCGAGUCUCCAGCCUCGGCUUCCUCCUUGGAAGAUUUGAUGGUGGGACUGAGGAGAUCCUCAAACUUUUCUUUUGACUGUCCGACAACAUCCCCAGUCGAGGUCAACAGCUCUCUUAUUAUUUGACAUAAUAAUGUGUGUGUUCAGUUUUGUGUGUUUUUCCUUUUGAAGCAAAUGAACAGAGCAUGGAUCAGAGAGAGCACAGAGAGGACGGAGCCCCUGCCUCUACAACCACUCACUCCCCCAAAGCUCAGAGAUCUGCUCCUGGGACCAGCACCCACUCAUUCAACAGUGAUCGCUCUAAUGAUGGAGGGAUUGAUUUGAAAAGAGAACAUGGUCCACAGAUUCACCAGAAACAUCCUCCGUCUGAACCUGGUCCCAGCUGUGAGUCCCUCAGGAGUGACAGGUCUAAGGGACAGCCACUUGAUUUUGCCAAGGAGCUAGGGGAGCAGCCGGGUCCAGAGGUCUCCAGUGGUCAGCACCAUCACACACAGCUGGACUCCAUAUUUAAGCUUCUGGAGGAGGACAUCUUCACUUUUGUCCAGAAGGAGCUGAAGAAGCUCCACAAGGUUCUGAGUACAGAUGAUCCAGAAGGUUUAGAUCCUGUGGAGGAUGAGGAUGAAGAGCAGAGGAGCUGCAGUGAGGCUGUUCUGAAGAUCACACUGAACUUCCUGAGGAGGAUGAAUCAGAAGGAGCUGGCUGAGCGUCUGAGGAGCAGGACUUCUUCUGGAGUUUGUUGGCGUAAACUGAAGUCUGACCUGCAGCAGAAGUUUGAGUGUGUGUUUGAGGGCAUCGCUAAAGCAGGAAACUCCAGCCUUCUGAAUGAGAACUACACAGAGCUCUACAUCACAGAGGGAGGGUCUUCAGAGGUCAACCAGGAACAUGAGGUCAGACACAUGGAAACAGCCUCCAGGACACCAGGCCCAGCAGAGACACCCAUCACAUGUGAAGACAUGUUUAAAGGCCCAGCUCACACACAUGGAGUCAUCAGAACAGUGCUGACAAAGGGAGUGGCUGGCAUCGGGAAAACAGUGCUCACUCAGAAGUUCAGUCUGGACUGGGCUCAAGGUGAAGCCAACCAGGACAUACAGCUGCUGUUCCCGUUCACUUUCAGAGCACUCAAUGUGCUGAAGGAGAGAAGCUUCAGCUUGGUGACACUUGUUGGUCACUUCUUUAGUCAAACACAAGCAGAACUCUGCAGCUUUGAAGACCUCCAGGUGCUCUUCAUCUUUGACGGUCUGGACGAGUGCAGACUUCCUCUGGACUUCACCAAAACCGAGGCCCUGAGCGACCCCACAGAGUCCGCCUCAGUGCACGUGCUGCUGGUGAAUCUCAUCAGGGGGAGCCUGCUUCCCUCCGCUCGCCUCUGGAUAACCACACGACCCGCGGCGGCCAAUCAGAUCCCUGCUGAGUGCAUCUCCAUGGUGACAGAGAUCAGAGGGUUCACCGACCCGCAGAAGGAGCAGUACUUCAGGAAGAGGUUCAGAGACGAGGCCGACACAAUCAUCUCCAACAUCAAGACGUCCAGAAGCCUCCACAUCAUGUGCCACCUGCCGAUCUUCUGCUGGAUCGCUGCCGCAGUCCUGGAGCAUGUGUUGAAAAGCAGAGGAGAGCUGCCCAAGACCCUGACUCAGAUGUACAUCCACUUCCUGGUGGUUCAGGCUAAAGUCAAGAACAUCAAGUAUGAAGAAGGAUCUGAGACAGACCCACACUGGAGUCCAGAGACCAGGAAGAUGGUGGAGUCUCUGGGAAAACUGGCCUUUGAGCAGCUGCAGAAAGGAAACCUGAUCUUCUACGAGAGUGACCUGAGCGAGUGUGGGCUGGACGCUGCAGCGGCCUCAGUGUACUCCGGAGUGUUCACACAGGUCUUUAGAGAGGAGCCAGGCCUGUACCAGGACAAGGUCUACUGCUUCAUCCAUCUGAGUGUGCAGGAGUUUCUGGCUGCUUUUCAUGUCCAUCAGACCUUCAUCAACACUGGGAUCAACCUGCUCUCAGAGAAAACACAGAAGUCUACAAAGUUCAGUGUGAAAAAAAAACUAAAGCAUCUUCAUCAGACAGCUGUGGACCAGGCCUUACAGAGUCCAAACGGACACCUGGACCUGCUCCUCUGCUUCCUCCUGGGUCUUUCACUGUCGACCAAUCAGAGCCUUCUACAAGGUCUGCUGACACAGACAGGAAGUAGCUCCCAGACCAAUCAGGAAACAGCUGACUACAUCAAGAUGAAGCUGAGUGAAGAUGUGUCUGCAGAGAGGAGCAUCAACCUGCUCCACUGUCUGAAUGAACUGAAUGAUCGUUCUCUGGUGGAGCAGAUCCAACGGUACCUGAGAUCAGGAUGUCUGUCUGAAGGUGAACUGUCUCCUGCUCAGUGGUCAGCUCUGGCCUUCAUCUUACUGUCAUCAGAAGAAGAUCUGGACCAGUUUGAGCUGAAGAAAUAUUCUGCUUCAGAGGAGGGUCUCCUGAGGCUGCUGCCAGUGGUCAAGGCCUCCACCAAAGCUCUACUGAGCAGCUGUAACCUGUCAGAGAGAAGCUGUGAAGCUCUGUCCUCAGUCCUCAGCUCCCAGUCCUCUAGUCUGACAGUCCUGGACCUCAGUCUCAACGACUUAAAGGACUCGGGGCUGAAGAUGUUGUGUGUUGGACUGAAGAGUCCUCACUGUAAACUGGAACAGCUCAGACUGUCAGGUUGUCUGCUCUCAGAGGAAGGCUGUGCUUCUCUGGCCUCAGCUCUGAGGUCCAACCCCUCCCAUCUGAUAGAACUGGACCUCAGCUACAACCAUCCAGGAGACACAGGAGUAAAGCUCCUGUGUGCUCUACAGGAGGACCCCCACUGCACACUGGACACUCUCAGACUGACACCUGCUGGAGAACGAUGGAUGAAUCCAAUCCGGAGAUAUUUCUGUGAUCUCACUCUGGAUCCAAACACAGCUCACAGAAUCCUUAAACUGUCUGACACCAACAAGAAGGUGACAUGUGUGACAGAGGUGCAACCGUAUCCAGAUCAUCAGGAAAGAUUUGACGUCUGGGCUCAGAUUCUGUGUUCCACUGGUCUGACUGGUCGCUGUUACUGGGAGGUCCAGUGGAGUGGACAUGUUUCUAUAUCAGUGUCUGACAGAAGAAUCAGAAGGAAAGGACACGGUUAUGACAGUUUGUUUGGACACAAUGAUCAGUCCUGGAGUCUGUGGUGCUCUGAAGAUGGUUUCUAUGUUCUUCAUAAUAAUAAUCAAACCCUCCUCCCUCAGCCCUGCUCCUCUUCUGGGAGAGUAGCAGUGUUUGUGGACUGUCCUGCUGGCUCUCUGUCCUUCUACACAGUCUCCUCUGACCAACUGACCCACCUCCACACCUUCUACACCACAUUCACUCGCACUCUGUUCCCUGGGUUUGGGCUCUGGUGGGUUGGCUCCUCAGUGUCUCUGUGUGCUUCGAAAGACUUACUCUCCUCGGUGUAAAACAGUCCAACAAUUUUCAUCUAUUUUUACAUUGUUGAACAAAUAAAGUGAUGUUACAGUU